GCAGGUUCUGUCUGCUUAAGCUCCUCAUGAACUCAAUUUCUUCAUUUCUGAUUCUAUAAAACAUCCUUAAAAACAUGUCUACCACAUUGUUCAGAACAUUUCAGCCAAACCAGUUCUCACUUCUUGGAACUAGCUUGUUAAGAAGGAGAAGAAGUAACAACUUCUCCGUGAGGUCUUGUGGGAGCCAAACAACGACGACCCAUGAAGCUAAACAGUCUUCUCCAACAAGGGUCGCACCAAAAAACCACAAAAGCAACAAACUUGAUGAGAUUCUGAGAGAUUACGAAGCUGUAAUUGGGAUAGAGACUCAUGUUCAGCUCUCUACAUUGACAAAAGCCUUUUGUAGUUGCUCUAACAAUUACGGGUCGUAUCCAAACACAAGUAUCUGUCCUGUCUGUAUGGGUUUGCCUGGUGCUUUGCCUGUUUUGAAUUCAAAAGUUGUUGAAUUUGGUGUUAGAUUGGGUUUAGCUUUGAAUUGUGAUUUGUCUCUUAAGUCUAAAUUCGAUAGGAAGCAGUAUUUUUAUCCAGAUCUUCCUAAAGGUUAUCAGAUUUCUCAGUUUGAUAUCCCUAUUGCUUCUGGUGGUUAUGUGGAUUUGGAUAUUCCACUUGAGUUUGGUGGUGGACAUAGGAGAUUUGGUAUCACUAGGGUUCAUAUGGAAGAAGAUGCUGGCAAGUUACUUCAUUCAGACACUGGAGAUUACUCUCAGGUAGAUUUGAAUAGAGCAGGAGUUCCUUUACUUGAGAUUGUUUCUGAACCUGAUAUGAGAAGUGGUAUAGAAGCUGCUGAAUACGCUUGUGAAAUGCAACGGAUUGCGAGGUAUUUGGGAGUCAGCAAUGGGAAUAUGCAGGAAGGCUCUCUUCGCUGCGAUGUCAAUAUCUCAAUCCGUCCUAUUGGGCAAGCUGAGUUUGGCACCAAGGUGGAGAUAAAGAAUUUGAACGCGUUUUCAGCAAUAAGCAGAGCAAUUGACUUUGAGAUAUCAAGACAGGCACUUCUCUAUAAUCAGGGCAAAGCUGAUCAGAUUGUAACGGAGACUCGGCUUUGGGAAGAAGGCGCUCAGAAAACAGUAACAAUGAGGAAAAAAGAAGGGCUUGCUGAUUACCGGUACUUUCCAGAACCAGAUCUUCCAGAAGUUAUCCUCACCAAAGAAUAUGUUGAUAGCAUUCGUGCUUCUUUACCGGAACUUCCUGAAGCAAAGCGCAGGCGAUAUGAGGCAAUGGGUCUAGGCAUGCAAGAUGUGCUUUUCCUCGCAAAUGACGUCAGUGUUGCAGAAUAUUUCGAUGCAGUCAUUGGUAAGGGCGCUGAAGUGAAGUUGGCAGCAAAUUGGAUAAUGAGUGAUAUUGCUGCUUACUUGAAAAAUGAGAAACUUUCUAUCAAUGAUAUUAAACUCACUCCGCACGAGUUGGCUGAACUGAUAGCUGCAAUCAAAGAUGGAACCAUUAGCGGAAAGAUUGGAAAAGAGAUACUGUUUGAGCUAUUGGCCAAAGGUGGAACCGUCAAAGGAAUGAUAAAAGCAAAAGACUUGGUUCAGAUAACCGAUCCUGUGGAGAUCGAGAAAAUGGUUAUUCAAGUGGUCUCUGAGAACCCAAAACAGCUUGAGCAGUACCGCAGUGGGAAAACCAAGCUUCAAGGCUAUUUUGCUGGCCAGAUUAUGAAAAUGUCGAAAGGCAAGGCAAACCCAGGUUUACUGAACAAGAUCCUCCUGGAGAAGCUCAAUGCCAAAGACUGAUUGAAGCUUCAGCUUCAGCAUUGACAGAGUUAUUGCUCUUGAAAUGGUACAGAGUGAUUGUUUUGCUCGUUGGUUAAUGCUCUUGAACUAGAAUGUUCUUGUACAAAUCUUUUUCUUCAUUUGCGAUUUUAAAAUUGAUU